GACAACAUCGUCUUGGGAACAGUCCCAAUACUAUUGUACCUGGCUGAGACUCAUGCUAACUUUGCAAUGUGUGGUAAAACUUUAGAAGAUCGUGCUAAAGUCGAAAGUGUAUUGAUGUGGGCAUCUGCAUCACUUGCAAGAUCAGUCUUCUACGAUUUUGCUGCGCCUAGACUUCACGAGAGCCACUCAAUCGGCGAAUUUGAAAGCAUCCAUCUAGUGACACAUGGCAAAAGUGAAAUAAUAGAACAUUUUGAUGUGCUAGAAAAGCACUAUCUCAACAACAACAACAACAACACAAAGUAUCUGGUUAACAAUGAACUGACGCUUGCUGACGUAUACACCGCCAUUACGAUAUCGUUUCUAGAGCCACUGUUAUUCGAUUUUUCACCAUGGCCGGGGCUUUGCAAAUGGUUUGAGGGCAUCAAAUCGGCGAUUGCCCAAACAUCACAAAAAAACAUGCUAACAAGGCUGUUGUCUUUCAACAGAACUACUGUUGCCGUAUAAUAGUAGUGAUAAUGCGCUGGAAAUGCAGAUUAUAUGUAGACCAAGAUAAAUACAAUUCAAUGUAGAUCAUGCAGGAAUUUAAAUACAUUUUCUGUUUAAAAGGAUACAA